AUGAGAGCGCUGCUUCAGCUUCAGGCUUUGACAACUCGGCUUUCAUUUUCCUCUUCCUCCUCCACCUUCGUUCGCGCCAAAACCUUAUGGUUCGAUCCAAACAGAGCGUACACUCAGAACUCCCAAGUCAGAAGGAUAUGGUCUUCCACUCCUGUUUGUAUGGGUCGCCGUUCCAGCAAAAUUGCUGGGAGAAAGGAAGCUCAAGACGCGAAGAAGGCAAAACUUUACUCGAGGAUUGGAAAGGAGGUUGUGUCUGCUGUAAAGAGAGGUGGUCCAAAUGUAACAUCCAAUUCAGUUCUGGCUGCUGUACUCGAGAAAGCCAAGGAGCUUGACGUGCCUAAAGAUAUUGUUGAGCGCAAUAUCAAGAGAGCUUCUGAGAAAGGACAAGAGGCUUAUAUUGAGAAAGUCUAUGAGGUUUAUGGUUAUGGAGGAGUUAGUAUGGUAGUUGAGGUAUCAACUGAUAAGGUACAUCGUUCUGUGGCAAAGAUACGAGAAGUGAUAAGGGACUAUGGAGGAAAGAUGGCAGAUUCUGGAUCUGUGACAUUUAAGUUUAGACGUGUUAGGGUAGUAAAUAUUAAAGCCACUAAUGCUGACAAAGAUCAACUGCUUACCAUUGCUUUAGAUGCUGGAGCUGAGGAUGUAAUUGAACCUCCAACAUAUGAAGAUGACACUGAAGAGGAUAGGUAUUAUAAGAUUGUAGGUUCUUCAGAGAACUAUUCAUCUAUACUAUCUAAGCUGCGAGAGGAGGGCAUAGAUUUUGAGCCUGAUAAUGGUUCUGAGCUUCUUCCAAAUACCACGGUUGAGGUAGACGAUGAGGCUAUGGACUUGAACAAGGCACUUAUGAGCAAAUUACUUGAGCUUGAUGACGUUGAUGCUGUUUAUACAGAUCAGAAAUAA